AUGUAUACAAGAUCAACAAUGGUCGGUAGGGUGGUCCGUUAAUCAAUGCGCCCCAGUUCAUGAAUGAGAUGAUUGUGGAAGCUCACAAAGGGGGAAAGGUUGUGUUUGAAACCCAUGGUGACAAGAGUUUCAUUGAGUUGUUUCAAUCCAAAGAAGAGAUAUUCGAGCAAAGCCAUUCAAAUAUUCAAUGACCUGCAUAUGCUGUCAGGCAUACCAAAACACACAAAGAUGUCGCUACAAAGGCAGCUACAGAAGCCAUUGAAAAAGUUCCAAAACAUGUUCAGAGCAAAACAGGCCAGCUAA